AGCGGGGAGGCGUGCAGGGGCGGGCGGGACGAGCAGGCCCUGGGCCCGCGCCGCACCCGGUCUGAAGGCGGAGGCCCGGCCGCGCUCCUCCGAGAAGCCACCAGGGGGUCUGGGGCUUUCGCUGGGAGAGGGGACGUCGCUCGGCGCUCCGCCCCGACGGCAGCACUGGGGGCCCGGGGCGGGCGGGAAACGCGGGUUCCUGCGGGCUCCGGGCCCCAUCCUCGGUUCGCAUCGCGCACGGACAGGAACCCGCGGGCUCCGAAGAAAGAGCCCGUGAAUGCGGAGUCCCCGGGCCCCGUGGCUGCUUGACGCGACCCCAGACGCCGGAGGAAAGAAAGGACCCAGGGGCCCAGGGGCCGCCGCCGCCGUCGCCGCUUCUGCGCCUGCUCAGCGCGCUGCCUUGUGGGUACUCUCGGGGUGAGACGAGGCCAGAGCCAAGUGCGGCUAGAGCGUCCCUCCCGGCUCUCACGCCCGGGGCCAUAACGGCUAGAGCGCCGCUCCCUGCUCGACUGUCUGGCGGCCUUGGCGGCUAGAGCGUCCCUCCCCAGCUCGAAUGCCCGGCGGCCGCGGCGGCUAGAGCGUCGCUGCUCAGCUCGGAUGCCCGGCGGCCGCAGCGGCUAGAGCGUCACCUUCCCUCGGGGAACCGCGUGUGACCUUCCAGCCCGCGGACCGAUGCUGCCGGCGGCCGCUCGCCCCCUGUGGGGGCCGUGCCUUGGGCUUCGGGCCGCUGCGUUCCGCGUCGCCAGGCAGCAGGUGCCGUGUGUCUGUGCCGUGCGACAUGUGAGAAGCAGCAGCCAUCGGAGGGGUGAAGCCCUUGCUGGUGCACCCCUGGAUAACGCCCCGAAGGAGUACCCCCCCAAGAUUCAGCAACUGGUCCAGGACAUCGCCAGCCUCACUCUGCUGGAGAUCUCAGACCUCAACGAGCUCCUCAAGAAAACGUUGAAGAUCCAAGAUGUGGGGCUUGUGCCGAUGAGUGGUGUGAUGCCUGGGGCUGUCCCUGCUGCCGCAGCCCAGGAGGUGGUGGAAGAAGAAAUCCCCAAACUGAAAGAACAGACGCAUUUCACUGUCCGCCUGACCGAGGCCAAUCCUGUGGACAAAGUGAAACUGAUCAAGGAGAUCAAGAACCACAUCCAGGGCAUCAACCUCGUCCAGGCAAAGAAGCUGGUGGAGUCCCUGCCCCAGGAAAUCAAAGCCAAUGUCGCCAAAGCUGAGGCGGAGAAGAUCAAGGCAGCCCUGGAAGCGGUGGGCGGCACCGUGGUUCUGGAGUAGCCUCCAGCGCCGAGGACUUGUGUUGAGGGGUCCCUGGGACCGGGUGAGGCUCCGCCCUCCCGUGGCCGCCGGCUGCACCCCCAGCUCCAGGCGCCCAGAGGAGCAGUUUGGGAGUGAGCACCGCGUGCGCUACGCGGCGAGGCCGGACAGGCCGCACAGACCUGUGGCAGGGAGGGAGGGGCGGCUGCUGCCUGGUGAGGGCACUGGGAGGCCACCAGGACGCGCCACUGGUGAAUGUGCCUCUGGUGGCCGCUGAGAAGAAUACACUGUGCAGCUGAGUG